AUGGAGAUCGACAAGUCUAAAUCAGAGAAUUCGCAUCUUGAGGUAGUCUUGACCAGCCAAGACGCUGAAAGGGGUGAUGUCGGACUGGCAGUGUUCUCCAGAAAGGAGGACCUUGCUUCGGUCAUUGACCCUGUUGCUGAGAGAAAGCUCAUUCGAAAGAUUGACACAUUUGUCGUCCCUUUCAUAUGUGUGACCUACCUUGUGACCUACAUCGAUAAGGCUACUUUAGGUUAUGCGGCUGUGUUUGGUUUACAGACUGAUUUGCACCUCCAGGGGUCGCAAUACAGCUGGCUCGGAAGUAUCUUCUACUUCGGCUACUUGGCGUUCGAAUACCCAACAAGCUUUGCUAUGCAGAAGCUGUCAGUAACGAAAUGGUUAUCCGCGAAUCUUUUCAUCUGGGGAGGAAUCACAAUGGCUCUUGGAGGAUGCGAAAACUUUUCAUCAUUUGCCGCUCUUCGCUUCGUCAUGGGUGCCUUGGAGUCUUGCUCGACACCGGCUUAUUUACUCAUUACUGCCAUGUGGUAUCGUAUUGAAGAGCAGCCGAUUCGCAUUGGAUACUGGUCCACGUUUUUGGGACUUGCUAAUGCUUUUGGUGGUCUGCUUUGUUACUUGAUCGGACACAUCCACGGUGCCCUGGGGGAGCCAUGGCGGUAUCAGUUCAUCAUCAUUGGUGCUAUUUCCUCAUUAUGGGGCUUGAUUAUGUUCUUCACUUUUGCGGAGAAUGCCACAGCUGCUUCAUGGCUUUCAGCGGACGAAAAGAAAUUGGCUAUUGAGCGACUACGAGACAAUCAGACAGGCAUCAAAAACUCGAAAGUCAAGCGCUACCAGAUCAUCGAGGCAAUGACGGAUCCCAAGACUUGGAUCUUCUUCCUCUUGGGCGUUGCUAGUCAAGUAGUUAAUGGUGCCGCAAGCAAUUUCGGCUCAUUGAUCAUCAAGGGCUUCGGCUUUUCUAGUCUCGAGACGACUCUACUUCAAAUUCCGUACGGGUUUAUCAUUGUGUUUUCAAAUCUGUCAGCCAUGUAUCUCCAACGUUGGCUUCCCGGCCAGAAGCGAUGCAUUGUUGCAUGUCUCUAUGUACUCCCUUCGCUGGCUGGAACCGUGGGCAUUCAUACAAUUUCUCGGAGCUCAAAAGGGGCUUUACUUGCUUGUUACUGGCUAACAAGCACAUACACAGCAUCAUUCUCAAUGAUCAUGUCCCUGAUUACAGCAAACACUGCCGGCUCAACCAAACGCUCCAUAGUCAACGCCGUAUUCUUCGUCUCGUACUGCGCCGGAAACAUCGUUGGCCCCUUUGCCUUCAAACCCAGCGAAGCCCCCGAAUACGCAUCCGGUAUCAUUGCUAUGCUCGUCGCGUAUUGUGCCGAAAUCGUCUUAAUGCUGGCAUUUGCGGCAUACAUGGUUUAUCUCAAUAAGAAAAAGGAAGAAGCCCUAGACACGGGUUUGGGACAGGAUGAGACUGAUCGGAUUGCGGCUGGUUUCAGUGAUCAAACUGAUCGUGAAAAUCCUUAUUUCCGUUACUACUAUUAG